CAUCUUAAUCAGUUUUUGUUUAAUUUUCAUGUUUUGUUUUAACUAUGAAGUACGGAAAUAAUUGAGAAGCUCUUUGCUAGGUCCAAAUCUAAGCACAAAAAGUUCUGCAUAAUAAUGUAAGAGACCGGGCAACAAGCAAUCGCAUUUUGUUUAUACGACGACGUCGACGCGCAGCACAGGAGAGGGGAAUACAAAAUAAGCUGCGCCUGCAAGUUAAUUGGAAACCAAAUUAUAGGGGCAAGCUUAUCAAAUGUUGCUGGUGCGGCAGCUGUUUGGCACAUCCGCAAACUCCUGGGCGCGCGCUUUAAUUCUUUUUGUGCUUGCCUGGGUGGUGCUGGUCUAUGUGUUUGUCCUCAAAUUAACUAACACGCAAGGUCAAUCGGCCGCGGUGGAGAAUGACAUAAAUGCGCGUCGCAUCAAUCAGGCUCUGCAGCUGCUCGAGCACACAAAGCAACGCAACGAGGAGCUCAAGCUGCUCAUUGAUGAGCUGAUGAGCGAACAACUGGACAAACAAAGCGCACAAAAGCUGGCACAAAGACUGGAGCACGAUGUACAAAAUCCUCGACUGGUGAUCGUCGAUGCAGCUGCCGAGGAUGCACUUUUUAAAGCUGCCGAAAUAGCCAAUGAUGCCUCCGCCAAUGGCAAUAAUAACUUGGAUCCCUCCAAGUUUAAUAGUGGCAAUGGCGAUGCCGCCGCUGCUGUUGGAGGUGCACAUAUCAAUACGGAAAGCAUUGCAGAACCCACCUUAGAAUAUGAGUUCACUAGGCGACGUAUCCAGUCGAAUAUUGCCGAGAUAUGGAACUAUUUUAGCAGCGAGCUGGGAAAAAUACGCAAGAUAGUCAGCAACGAUGCCAACAGCGAUCUGGCUGAAACGAUUAGCCAGGUGCUGCUGCAGGGAGCUGAGCACAAGCGUUCUUUGCUCAGUGAUAUGGAGCGGUUGCGCACCGUCGAUGGAUAUGAGGCCUGGCGCCAAAAGGAGUCCAAGGAUCUCAGUGAUUUAGUGCAGCGUCGACUGCAUCAUUUACAGCACCCUAGCGAUUGUCAGAAUGCGCGCAAGCUGGUAUGCAAACUAAAUAAGGGCUGUGGUUACGGCUGCCAAUUGCACCAUGUGGUCUAUUGCUUUAUUGUGGCGUAUGCUACAGAGCGCACACUGAUAUUAAAAUCGCGCGGCUGGCGCUAUCACAAAGGCGGCUGGGAAGAGGUGUUUCUGCCAGUGUCCUCCACCUGCAAUGAUGCUGGUAACGGGGCUGCCAAUAAUUGGCCCGGCAAGCCAAAUACGCAAGUGCUUGUGCUUCCUAUAAUCGACUCAUUGAUGCCAAGACCACCCUAUUUGCCACUGGCCGUGCCUGAGGAUCUGGCGCCACGCUUAAAACGUUUGCAUGGCGAUCCCAUUGUCUGGUGGGUUGGCCAAUUUCUCAAAUAUCUGCUUCGACCACAAGCACCUACUCGCGAUUUUCUCGUCUCGGGUAUGAGAAAUCUGGGGUGGGAGCGACCAAUUGUAGGCGUGCAUGUGCGUCGUACAGACAAGGUUGGCACUGAGGCCGCCUUUCAUAGUAUCGAGGAGUAUAUGACGCAUGUAGAGGAUUAUUAUCGGACGCUGGAGGUAAAUGGUACGACGGUAGUGCGCCGCAUUUUCCUUGCCUCUGACGAUGCGCGGGUCAUCGACGAGGCUCGCAAGAAGUAUCCACAAUAUCACAUUGUUGGCGACCCCGAGGUUGCGCGCAUGGCUGCCGUUUCCACGCGCUAUACGGACACCGCCCUCAAUGGCAUUAUAUUGGACAUACAUUUGCUCUCGCUGUCCGACCAUCUAGUCUGCACAUUCUCGUCGCAGGUGUGCCGUGUUGCUUACGAGAUAAUGCAAACCAUGUAUCCGGAUGCCUCUCAUCGUUUUAAAUCGCUGGACGACAUUUACUAUUAUGGAGGCCAAAAUCCGCACAACCGACGUGCUGUGAUUGCGCACAAGCCGCGAUCUCAUGAGGACCUGCAGCUGAAGGUGGGCGAUUUGGUUUCGGUUGCUGGCAACCAUUGGGAUGGCAACUCCAAGGGAAAGAAUACCCGCACCAAUCAGGGCGGGCUAUUUCCAUCGUUUAAGGUGGAGGACAAAUUAGAUACCGCCAAGUUGCCGCUAUAUGCAGGCGUGUAGUUGCGUACAAAUUCACUUAAAAACCUAGGAACACAAAACGAUCCGAAACACAUAAUAUACAGACGAACCGAAAUACAUUAUCGAAUGGGGGACGAGUUAGCUUUAGUCUGUAGCUCGAACAAUGCAUACAUGUGUUGGGUGUGUACGUACAUAUGAACCUCUUGAUGUAUGUAUGUGGAUGUAUUAUGUAUAUGUAGUAGCGUAUACAUACUCGUAGCUGUGUACAAUGCGUUUAUAUGUAAAUUCUUAAAUCAAUGUUGAUUUCAAUUGUCAUCUCAUUCUGAAUCUCCUGGCUUGAAUCUCUGUUCGCAUUCCAUGCGCAUGUGAAACGCCGUGAACAAUAAUGAAUCAUAUCUAUAAAUACGGUAUUUCGAUAUACUACAUACAUAUGUAUGUGUGUGUAUCCAUACGCGGAAUCUCGUUUAAUAAUUUAUUGCGCGUUCCUAUCUAUUCUCUAUUCUAUAUCUAUGUAUGUAUGUAAUUUCGAUUGUUUCUGUAUAAUUUGAAUGCAUUUUGUAAACAUAAAUUUUAUAUUUUUAAGUCAAAAGCCGAAGAUAUUAUGUUGACAAAGAAAAUAACAUAUACAUAUGUAAGUAAGUAAAUUGUAGACAACAUGCACGUGUAGCUCUGACAAGCGCAAGAACAUUUAUCUGUAAUAUAGGCAAAACGAAAUGAACUAUAUAUAUAUAAAAGUAUUUAUAUGUACAAUUUCCAGAAAGAAAUAGAGAAGAAUAAAUAGUAAAGUUUU